AUGGAUACCAUUGAGGUAUGGGUAGAGGAGACUGCAGACCCUUGCCAUGUAUUUAGGUCUGUUCUUGCAAAGAAAGAUAAUGAGGAAAGGGAGAAGCUUGAGAACAUAAGGAGAGUACAAGAGAUAUUAAGGAGGGAGAGAGAGCAAGAGGAGGAGGAAAGGAGGAGACAAGAAGAAGAGGAAGAGCAGAGGAGGUUGGAAGAGGAGAAUGAAUAUGCUACUGGAUUAUGUGUUGCUAUUGAGGUUCCUGUGUUGUUUGUUGAUCUAGAUGUUGUUGAGUACAUGAGAGUAUACUCAACACAGGAUGCUGAUGAAAUGGUCCCUGGGUUUUCACAACCUGAACCUGAGCAUGGAACCCAAGAGAACCCCAGCCGAAGUGAGGCACAACCCAAAACAACAACACCCACAAAGGAUUCACAUCCCACUGAAACUACUAAAACAAAUGAUUCACAACCCACUGAAACUACUAAAACAAAUGAUGAUCAGCCCAAAACAACAUCACCCACAAAGAGAACCCCAAGAAAAAAAACCAUUGCCACCCCCAAGAAAAAGAAACUGACCCCAAGGCCCAAGAAGGCUGGCCCUAAACAACCCACCCCCUCUCAGCCCACUGAGGCACAACCCACACCCUCUCAACCCACUGAAACACGGCACAACCCCUCUCAACCCACUGAAACACAACCCACACCCUCUCAACCCACCCCCUCCCAGCCCACUGAAACUCAGCCCACCUCCUCUCAACCCACUGAAACACAGCCCACACCCUCUCAACCCACACCCUCCCAGCCCACUGAAACACAGCCCACCCAAACCAUCCCCUCUGAGCCCACUGAAACACAGUCCACCCAAACCUUUGCAUCUGAGCCCAGUGAAACACAACCCACCCAAUCACCACCUAUUUCACAACACACCCAAUUUGAGCAUACCCCAUUUGAGCCCACCCCAACUGACCAGGGUUCUGUGGUGAAAGGAAAGGCAAAGAAGGUUAGGCCCUCAGGUUUUAGAGUGCUAAAACCACAGCUAAGGGGGAGGGCACCUAUGUCCUAA